AGGUCAGCCUUUCGGUGCGCAAGCGCACUUUGUAUUUUGCGGGCGUCUGGUGCCGGGCCGUGAAGAUGGUUCUGAAGUGGGCCUGAAAUCAGGAGAGCGACAAAUACUGACUCGAUGAGCAAUUGGAAGGAGACAGGCAAUUGCCGACGUAAAUCUGUGUGUGAGAAAAAUUAGGUCCGUGAGGAGAUUUGGCAAGGGGGCGGGAAUAUAUUCCAGAGGGAAAAAAAAGACCCCGAAAGGCGAAUGGGUGAUUGAGAUGUUGUUGAUGUCGGGACAACUCCAGGAGGGUUCGGUUUGAGAUCCAUCAUCAUCAUCAUCAUCAUUAUCGUCACCGUCGUCAGUAAUCAGUCUGCUUCGAAGAUGUGGCUCAAGCUUUUCUUCCUGCUUCUCUACUUCCUCGUCCUCUUCGUGCUGGCUCGCUUUUUCGAAGCCAUCGUGUGGUAUGAGACCGGGGUGUUCGCUACGCAGCUGGUGGAUCCCGUGGCUCUGAGCUUCAAGAAGCUCCGCACCAUUCUGGAGUGCAGGGGAAUCUGCUACGCGGGCCUGCCCGAGAAGAAGGAUGUCCGGGAGCUGGUGCAGAAAUCAGGUGAUUUGAUGGAGGGUGAGCUUUAUUCUGCACUUCGGGAAGAGGAAGCAACGGAAUCUACCUCCAGCACCAACUUCAGUGGUGAGAUGCAUUUCUACGAGCAAGUGGAAGACACUAAAGAUGGCAUAUGGCUGGUCCAAGUUAUAGCUAAAGAUAAAGAUCCUUUACUGUGCAAGGAUCAAUGGCACAAGAUGGUGAAGAAAGUAUCCCAGUUUGGUAUACGUACAGGAGCUUUCAAUUGUUCCAAUGACUCCAGGUACUGCAGCAAAAGAGGAUGGUUGAAAUCCACAUUGAUAAUGUCCAUUCCGCAGACUAACACCUCAAAAGGGAAAGUAAUGCUUAAAGAAUACAGUGGGCGCAAGAUUGAAGUUGAGCAGAUUUUUAAAUGGAUAAAUGCUCACGUGGCAUCUCGGAUCAAAACUAUCCGAAACACUGACCAGCUAAUGGAAGAAUGGAAUAAGAGUGACCGGUAUCUUGUAAAGAUGUACUUGUUUGCAAACCUGGACCAGCCGCCUGCAUUCUACUCUGUUCUCAGUGUAAAAUUUACUGGUCGUGUAGAAUUCAUUUUUGUUGAUGUCCAGAACUGGAACAAUGACAGUCGCGUGAAAGAGAUUGGUGUGCAUCAAUUCCCGGCAUAUGUAGUGAAAACCCCUGAAGGAAUUUAUAAAUAUGGUAACACAACAGGGGAGUUUAUAUCACAUCAUGCAAUGGAUGUAUUUCUUCGAUCAUUGCAGCCUGAAGUAAAUGAUCUAUUUGUCUUAAGUUUAGUUUUGGUUAACUUAAUGGCUUGGAUGGACUUAUUUAUUACACAAGGUGCUACUAUAAAGCGAUUUGUAGUUCUUAUAAGCACACUAGGAACUUAUAACUCCUUAUUAAUAAUGUCCUGGCUACCUAUAAUUGGAUUUCUUCAGUUACCAUAUUUGGAAAGUUUUUAUGAAUAUAGUUUAAAAUUUUUGAGAUAUGCCAACACAACCACUUUGGCUUCUUGGGUGAGAGCUGACUGGACUUUCUACUCAUCCCAUCCAGCUCUCUUUCUCAGCACAUACCUGGGUCAUGGUUUGCUAAUAGAUUACUUUGAGAAAAAACGGAGACGUAAUAAUAAUGAUGAUGAAAUAAAUGUUAAUAAUCUUGAGUGGCUGUCAAGUCUGUGGGAUUGGUAUACAAGCUACUUGUUCCAUCCAAUUGCUUCAUUUCAGCAUUACCCUCAUACUUUGGAUUGGGAAGAAGAUCCUGAUUUGUUGCUGGAAAGACUUGCAUUCCCAGAUCUUUGGCUGCAUCCGUUGAUACCAACAGAUUACAUAAAAAACUUAUCAACAUGGCGAUUUAAAAGUGUAACUGGGCAUUUUGAAGAUGAAAUAAGUGAAAGUUGCCAUGAGACUGAUAGUGAUUCUGAAAACGAAAGCUCUGAUGUUAUGUGUAAUAAAUCAAGAAUGAGUGAUAAUGAAGAGGCAGGUACAAACUUAAUGCCUGCUGAAAGAAAGGUGCCAACUAAUGAAGAAAUGAAUGCCAGUGAGAGAAAUUCUGGCAAUAUUCCUCAAAGCACACCAAGACUACAUGGAAUUACAAGCAUCACUGACGAUGAUGAGCCAGAUUGGUCUACUUGGCCUAAUAACAUGCUACAUUGUUCAGAAUGUGUGGUGUGCCUGGAAAAUUUCAGAAAUGGCUGCUUAAUAAUGGGGCUACCCUGUGGUCAUGUGUUCCAUCAGCAGUGCAUUGUUGUCUGGUUGGCAGGAGGGCGACACUGCUGCCCUGUGUGCAGAUGGGCUUCGUACAAAAAGAAGCAUAAUUUUGUCAGAUAAAGCCAGUCAUCCCACACCACAAUGUUUCCUGAUUGUCUGAAAAGUACUUGCUAUCUAUUUCAGGCUCUUCUUAAAUAUCUUAACACUUAAUAUGUAAUGUGAUGUUUGUUAAUGUUUGUGCUUUGUCGUGGUUUAAAUUUAGUUUUAUGUUUUAUUUUGAGCUGAUCCACAAUAUAUACGCACUACAUUUACUGAUGAGUCUAAUUAAAGUUGCCUUGUUUAUUCUGGAUGCUUUUUAACAGUAACACUGUAAUUCUUGUUUGUUCUGUUUCAGUAUGUUCAUCUACUAAAAAUUGACAUCUACCAGAGAAUAAAGAAAGAGACCUACCAAUUUGAUAUAUUUUAUUCGGAAACAAAAACUAAAUGAAUUACACUUUUAUUCAAAAUAUUUUUUUCUUUCUGUAGAUUUGGGGACAGCUCAUGAUCUUGAAGUAAAAACCUGCUAUUGUAAAAGAAGUCAAUUAAAAACGUGUAAUGUAUACCUGUUUAUUUUGAAGCAUUCAUUUUUAAAGACAAGCCAAGGAAACUGACACACUCCAAGACAGUAAUGUACAUGAAAUAAAACCAUGGAUGUUUCAUGCAGAAGAUUAGAAAUCUGAUGAUUAAGACACCUAUGAUCCCAACAGUAUUGCAUGGUCUAUCUACUUAAUAUCUCUUAAUUAGUGCUGAAUUGCAUGCUGAUAUGCAUUGAAAAGUGGAUGUCUUAAACUUUGAAGGACAAAGGUCUCUAGUGCAGAUAAAUCAUUUCACUUUAAGUUUUAAAGAGCUGAGACCUAAGGUUUUAGGAAAGAGUCAAAGACUUGCAUAUCUGGGAUCUAAUCAAUGUUUUCUUAUUCAGUACCAAUGGUAACUACCAUAAAUAGAUCCUUUUCACCUGACAAUCUUGAACACAGUUUCAGUACAUUAUCGAGUUAAUGUGUAAUCAGUAUAAUGUGAUGAGAGCACAAUCGAUUACGGUGAGAAUGCAAAUUCUGUUUUUUUUCCAGUUUGUGAAAUUGUGUCCCAGUGCUCUGGUAUUCAGUGGAAAAAUAAUUGCAGCCAAUUGGGAUUUUGGAAAAUUUAAAUUGGACUACAUGUAGAAUUUUUUUUCAAAAUUGUACAUUCAUUGGAAUUAAUUUCUUCAAUAAAAUUAUCUUGGUAUGUAAAACACCAUGCUAAAUAAUGAGCAAAUUAGUUACUGCACAUUAUUCCAAGUUUACAGUCAUUACUGUGUUUAAUUGCUUACCAGCUCCAUGUAUUAAAUCUUUGUACUUACCUCCUGCUUGCUGUCUCCUUCCCUCUUGCAAGCACCUGUCUGACCCUUCCCCUCAUUGAUCAUCCGAUUCGUUACCCUUCCUGCUUCCAUUAUUUCCCCCCUGUUGUGGGUUUCGUUGUACUCAACCUGAUACAACCUUGUAUCAUAAACUAGACAGGGAUAACGUAUUGAAGAAUCCAGCAAUGUUUAUUAUGUUUAGAUAUUAAGUCUAAACAUUGCAUUCCUCAGGCACAUAAGUUUUGGGCUAGUAUAGAGGUCUUAGAUUACAACAAAACAUAAUCAAGCAGCAUGCUUUCAGUAUUGUGUCGUAGUUCAAGUGAUCCCAGGUAAGAUUAAUUACAUGAUUUUAAUACCAUUAUGCUAUUAUACCAAGCUCUGGUGUGGUGAUGGUUUCCUGAGCAUUUCUCUUAAAAGUAUACUGACUGAGAUAUAACACAACAGCCCACUUUUUCCAAACAUAAAAAAAUUAUUCCAAACAUAAACAUUGUUGCACAUAAGCACAUGUGGUCAAUUACAUAAUUGUGCCAAACAGUUAAAACAGAGUUUACAAGAUGAACCUUGAAAUGUUUAAUGUAAUGGUCUGGAGGUUUUACAACUCAUCCUGAACUUGUGCUCAUAUACCCAUCUGGAGAGAAUGUGUUGUUCCUAUUAAACUUGUUUGUCAACUUAGUUGUUAUGUCAACUUUGUUUUGGUCACUCAGCAUUACUACACAGUCAUUGUUGGUGUGGAAGAACACUCUGUCUCUUCAUGUGUGAUGAGCUGGCUGCAUGUUGUGGAAACCUUUGGU